AUGGCCAACGGCUUCCUCCCAUACCAUGAACCUGGAAUUGUCCAAAUCCUGAUUAUCAUCUCAUUCUUCUUCUUCCUCUCGUUAGCGAAAUGGUUCUCCGCGAAGAUCAUCCACGCGGGCAUCAUCGGGCAGAUCGCCGUCGGCAUCAUCUACGGUGUUCCCCUGGCCAAUAUCCUCGAACAUACAUGGCAAGAGACAUUCCUGGCCCUGGGAUAUGUCGGGCUCAUCCUGAUCAUCUUUGAAGGGACUACAUUCGCGGUGAUCAGCUCCGCAUCGAGCUCGGUCAAUCUCGCCGAAACUCGAGUCGGAUCAGUCCUUGUCAGCGCCGCUGUUAUCGAUGAUGUCGUCGGGCUUGUCAUGUUGAGUGUUAUCGGCGAUCUAGGCAAACUCUCCGGCGACACCAAUCUCGGCUGGCUGAUCGGCCGCCCGAUAGUAGCCUCAGCAGGCAUGGCCAUUGUAACGCCCAUCGUCACAAAAUGGGUCUUCGCCCCCUUCUUCCGCAAAUACAUCGAAUACCAUUUCGCGCGCUUCGACCACGUCUCCAACAUCAUUCUCAUGAUCCUUGUUCUGUCGGCAUUCAUCUCCAUCGCUGGGUUUACCGGUACAUCGGUGUUGUUUGGGGCUUUCUUGGCCGGCGUGUUCCUCACAUAUAUCCCGAGCAAGAGACCGGAGGGACCGUUUGUUGUCAUGAGUCGUGAACAGGGCGAGCGCGAAGACGACAAGAGUCCUACGUUUGUUCACACCUUCGAGAAAUACUUGCUUGGUACGCAGGAGUAUUUGAUGGAACCUUUGUUCUUCUCAAGUAUUGGGUUUGCGAUUCCUUUCGUACAGCUGUGGACGGGGAAGAGGAUCUGGAGGGGUAUUGUUUAUACGCUGCUUAUGGCAUUUGCGAAGUGCAUUGUCGGUAUCUGGGUCCCACUAUGGCAACUCACAAUGGGGGCCAAAUCGCGCGACAAAGGGCCGAAACAGCCCAAAGGCGAAAAGAAACGGAAAGCAAGCCACAGCGAGCAGAUCGAGCGGAAAGAGAAGUGGUCGCGGGCCUGGCUCGCCGCAGCGCUGUUGGGAUCGGCCAUGGUGGCGCGUGGUGAGAUUGGUCUGUUGAUCAUUGAGAUCGGACACAAUGAGACCCCAUAUGUCAGUGAUGAUGGGUUUAUCACUGGCGUUUGGGCCAUUCUGCUGAACACCAUCAUCGGUCCGGUUGCGGUCGGUCUCAUGGUUCGAUUCUAUGCUGCCAAAUUAGAAGAGGGGGAUUGGGGUGUGCAAAGUCCUGCUAUUCCCAUAGAAAGCCGGGAGACUGGCCCCGAUGCUGUCUAG